AUGAGGCGUGCUGCAGCGUCCUGCUCAGUGCUGCCGCUGCGUGAUGCGCAGGCGCACUGCAGUGUCCUGCUCAGUGCUGCCGCUGCGUGGUGCGCAGGCGCACUGCAGCGUCCUGCUCAGUGCUCGUUCAUUCGCGUCUGUCCUCGCGCAGUGGUACGGUCCACAGGUCCCGUUACUUCAGGCUGUUUGCGGCUCGUCGGACCACGACAUGAUCGUCCACUGGAUAAAGUGCACUUUACACUGAAGGAGAUGGACGUUUCACUGCUGACAGUUCUGCUGGGAGCAUCAGCCUACAUAUGCACCGCCGUCCACGUCUCCAUGCGGGAGCAGCGGCAGUACGCCAUGCUCUUCCAGCCCGUGGUUCUGCCCUGUCAGUUCCAGACGUCCUCCACACAGACGCCCGUGGUGCAGUGGUGGUACAAGUCCUUUUGCCGCGACCGCACCCAGGACUCUUUCUCUCUGCCCGACACGCUGGCCAAGACGACCUCCGACCUGGGCCCCAAGUCCCAGCUGGAGUGUUCGGACAGAACUCGAACCAGCCGGAUAGUGGCCUCGGCACAGGGACCCUCCGUCACGCUGGCCGAGCAUUACAAAGGAAGGGACAUCGCCAUAAUUAACAAGGCAGACCUGCGUAUCGGAGAGCUACAGUGGGGAGACAGCGGAGUGUAUUUCUGUAAAGUGAUCAUCGCGGACGACGUGGAGGGCAAGAACGAGGCCCAUCUGGAGCUUCUUGUACUGGGCAGGACAGGGGAACAGAAUGACCUCUUGCCUGAGUUUGAUCUGGAGAUUAUGCCAGAGUGGGCGUUCGUGGGCUCGGUGGUCCUGGGAAGUGUCCUGUUGCUGCUGUUGUUGGGAAUCUGCUGGUGCCAGUGUUGUCCUCACUCCUGCUGCUGCUACCUGAGCUGCUGCUGCUGCCCAGACACAUGCUGCUGCCCCCGACACUUGUAUGAAGCUGGAAAGAUGGCGAAAUCUGCAAAGUCUGCCCCAAUCCCUGUGUAUCCCUAUUACAUCCCUGGAGUUCCUUCUGUGGCCCCGUCUGCCGUGCCUCUGGUUCCAUCUCAUCUGGAGCCAAAGCUGGUUUCUCUUCCGUCAGUGGAGGCUAAUUUGGCAGGAGUGCACAGUGGCUACAGACUGAAAGCCACUCCGCACCAGGACUCAAUGAAAGUCUUAUACUACAUAGAAAAGGAGAUGGCUGAGUUUCCCUCUGCCAGGAUGGCUUCACUGCAACCCAGCAGCCUCUCUGAGCUGAGCUCCCUUCAUGAUGGGGGAAACAAUGACUUCAGAAAUACAUAUCAGAAAGUGCAGAUGAAGGCUCUCCCUCCUAUAGCUGACCUGGAUGACCAGUCCAUAUCCAGGGUGGCUGCUCAGAGCCAUAGGCACAAGUGGGACAGAGCAAACUCAGACGAUAUGUUAGAUAACAGAUGGAAUCCUCGCUCGGAGCACAUGCAAAGGAGAACUAUUGGCAGACGAGGGCGCGCAGGCUCCCUGGAUGAACUGGAGGAGUUUGCACGAUCGUACAGCACACACUGUCAUCGAGAUAGAACAUAUGACCGAGACUAUAGCCCACCUCGCCGCCCCUACAGAGACGAGGAAGAAGGCUGGAGAGGUGCCAGCCCCCUGCCUGUUCCACGGAAAAGAUCUGACACAUGGGACAGUGAUCGUCCCAGUCGGCCAUGUAAAAGCAGAGGCUACGAUGACGCCUACCUCACCAGCGUGCUGGAGAACAAGGCCAGGGGUCGAGGGGACAGGGGCGCUGCGAGGGCUGAUGAAGACAGUGACACUCCCUCUAAAGGCAGCUCCAGAGGAAAAGGCAGUGACAGUUACUACAGUAGGUCACCAAGCAACCGUCCAGAAGAGGAGGACCCUUUACCUCCGUACUCAGAGUGGGAGGCAGAGCGAUACCGCAGGGCUGGGCUCAACACAGAGCGCUAUCGGCCCAUAGCGCCUGCAGGGACAGAGAGCUAUAGAAGCUGUGAGCCAAGGCCCUUCAGUUACACAAGGCCACCUGCCGGGACGUCCCACACACUGCAGGGCAGCCGAGAGGACAGGGACAGAAACCGAAACCUGAGCGCUGCAGUGAGCAGAGACUCUCUCUUAGUGUGA